AUUGUGCCAAAGAAAGUACCUCGAGAGGAUGGAAAAUAACCGUUGGAGCGGUCCUCACGCUGCUCGAUGGAUUGUGGUCUCUUCUCGCAGUCUCCACUCUCCUCAGGCAAAGGCAAAACAAAGAAAGAAGGAGAAGAAGCACGAACUAGCCGUUGCUUCAGGCACCAGGAGGAAAGCAAUUGCUUAUUGCUUCUCUGACACUCGCCAUUACUUUCUCUCUCCUUCACUCGAUGAUGCACCCACAGUAUUUACUUGCUCCCCCCGAGACAAAAGCGAACCCAACCGAGAUUCGUCGCCCUUCGUCUCAAUCCUCUUCCUCGAGCUCCGUCUAGAGUCGUCGCCGGUAGCCAUGGGAUGGAGCAAGCAAUGCAACAACUUGCUGCUGCUGCUGCUGUUGAUGGUGGUCUUCUUAGCAUGCUUUAGUGGCAGCAGCACGUACGCUGCUUCUGCUUCGUGGGAUGGGGUGGUGAUCUCCGAGGCGGACUUGCAGGGCUUGCAGGCCGUCAAGCGGGCGUUCUCCGACCCGCGCGGGGUCCUCCGGAGCUGGAAUGGCACCGGGCUCGGCGCCUGCUCCGGCGCUUGGAUCGGCGUGAAGUGCGUCCAAGGCAAGGUGGUGGCGCUCCAGCUCCCCUGGCGCGGCCUCGCCGGACAGCUGUCCGAGAAGGUCGGCCAGCUCUCCGCCCUGCGGAAGCUCAGCCUCCACGACAACGACAUCGACGGACAGGUCCCCCCUGCCCUCGGCUUCCUCCGCGAACUCCGCGGGCUGUACCUCUUCAACAACCGCUUCUCCGGUGGCGUCCCGCCCUCCCUCGCCGCCUGCCGCUUGCUCCAAGCACUCGACCUCAGCAACAACCUCCUCACCGGAGCCAUCCCUUCGUUAGCCAACUCUUCCAACCUCAUCAGGCUCAAUCUUAGCUUUAAUAACCUCUCCGGUUCGAUCCCCACUUCUCUCGCCCGACUGCCUUCUCUUUCCUUCCUCCAUCUCCACCAGAACAACCUCUCCGGUCCGAUCCCUGACACCUGGGGAAGCUCCGUCGCCAAUGACACGUACCAGCUUCAAAGUUUAAAUCUUGCCCAAAACUCCCUCUCCGGCAGCAUUCCGACCUCCCUCUCCAGAUUGCCGAUGCUAAAGGAGCUUGAUUUCAGUAACAAUCAGCUUAAUGGAAGCCUCCCUGCUUCACUCUGUAACUUUCCUUCGCUGGUUGAGCUGAAUCUUCAAGGUAAUCAGCUCGAGAGUCCGAUCCCAGAAGCAAUCGAUGGCCUUAGGAACCUCUCAUUCCUUUCCAUCAAAAGAAAUCAUUUUUACGGCGAAAUCCCUGCGACGAUGGGGAACAUCUCCGGCCUAUCUUGGCUGGACUUGUCGGACAACAAUCUCACCGGAGCAAUUCCGAGUUCAAUCGACAAGCUCACCAACCUCACUUUCUUUAAUGUUUCGAAUAAUCAUCUCUCCGGGCCAGUGCCGCUUCUCCUUUCCGACAAGUUCAAUUCGAGCUCCUUCGCCGGAAACAUCCAACUAUGUGAUUACGCCAAUUCUGUUCCAUGUCUUUCUCCUCCUCCGUCUUAUCCCCCUCCUCCGUUAUCCCCUUCGAAGCAUCGACGAAGACUUAGCUCUACAGCAAUAAUACUCUUAGCGGUGGGGGUCCUCCUUGCUCUGUCGCUUCUGCUCUUCUGCAUUCUUCUCUUCUGCUUGACGAGAAGAAAAACUGCGACGAGCAGCAAGCAGAGCACUACGGCUGCUGGAGAGGAGGCGGCUGGCUCCGGCGAGAAGUCCAGGCCUUCAGCUGGCGCUGAGGCCGAAUCUGGCGGUGAUGUCGGAGGAAAGCUGGUCCAUUUUGACGGCCCGCUGGUCUUCGCGGCCGACGACCUCCUCUGCGCCACGGCGGAGAUCAUGGGGAAGAGCACUUACGGGACAGUCUACAAGGCGACACUGGAGGACGGAAGCCAAGUUGCAGUGAAGAGGCUGAGGGAGAAGAUUGCCAAGAGCCAGAAAGAAUUCGAGACCGAGGUGAAUGUGAUCGGAAGGAUUCGGCACCCGAAUCUUUUGCCUCUGAGAGCUUACUACUUGGGGCCUAAAGGAGAGAAGCUUCUGGUCUUCGAUUUCAUGUCCAAGGGCAGCCUUGCUUCCUUUCUACAUGCUCGCAGCCCUGACACGCCGGUGGAUUGGUGUACGAGGAUGCAGAUAGCCAUGGGGAUCACCCGCGGCCUGCGGCAUCUCCACGUCGACCUCAGCAUGAUCCACGGCAAUCUCACGAGCAGCAACGUGUUGUUGGACGAGCACGCGAACGCCAAGAUAGGCGACUUCGGGCUCUCCCGUCUCAUGACCGGCGCCGCCAACUCCACCGUGAUCGCCACUGCCAGCGCGCUCGGGUACCGAGCGCCGGAGCUAUCAAAGCUGAAGAAGGCCAACACGAAGACCGACGUGUACAGCCUCGGAGUCAUCCUGCUCGAGCUCUUGACCGGGAAGUCCCCCGCCGACACGACCAACGGCAUGGACCUGCCGCAGUGGGUGGCUUCGAUAGUGAAGGAGGAAUGGACGAACGAGGUGUUUGAUCUGGAGCUGAUGAAAGAAGCGACGACGACCGGGACGAGCACCGGAGACGAGCUGCUCAACACGCUCAAACUCGCGUUGCAUUGCGUAGACCCGUCGCCGGUUGCCCGGCCGGAGACGGACCAAGUGCUGCAGCAGUUGGAGGAGAUCAAGCCGGAAGCUGCCGCCGCCGCUUCUUUGGAUUCUUCUCCCAAGCAUCUAGGCGCCGGCGGCGGCACAGCUAGUGAAGCAGCAACCAAGCCCUGAUUAGCUAGCUAGCUAGCCAUGGAGGAGAUCACACGACAGCAACAGCAAUCGAAUGUUUGUAGAUAAUGCUUCUUGUUAGAGUCAGACUUAAUUAUUCUUGUUAUUCUUUUCCCUUGCUUAAUUUAUUAUCAUAAGAUAAUUGUAGGAUGGGUUCUGUUGCUAUCUUUGAAUUUUGAUCAAUUUUGCCAGGAACAACAAUGCAUUUCUUCCUUCA